UGUAUGUCUGUGACUGUGUGACUGUGUGCGACUGUGUGGUGUAGUGACCGGAAGGAAUUCCGGGAGUCUGAGUGAUCUGUGUGAUUAUAGAAGCUCCAAAACGCUAACUGUUAGCAACAAUGAAACUAGUGACAGUCGUGUUUGCCGUCUGCCUGACGGCCAUCAGUGCCUGGGCGGAGGUGGAAAGCAAAUCCAAACCGGGCCGCGGACGGGGCUCGAUGUGGUGGGGCAUCGCGAAGGCGGGCGAACCGAACAACAUCUCGCCGUUGGCCCCGGGCAUGACGUACCUGGAUCCGGCGAUCCAUGCGACGCUUCGGCGCAAACAGCGCCGGUUGGCGCGCGAAAACCCCGGCGUGCUGGCGGCGAUCGCGAAGGGCGCCAACCUGGCGAUCAACGAGUGCCAGCAUCAGUUCCGGACGCGCCGCUGGAACUGCUCGACGCGGAACUUUCUGCGCGGCAAGAACCUCUUCGGGAAGAUCGUCGAGCGAGGUUGCCGUGAGACGGCGUUCAUCUACGCGAUCACCAGCGCCGCGGUGACGCACAGUGUGGCCCGGGCAUGCAGCGAAGGUUCGAUCGAGUCGUGCACUUGCGAUUACUCGCACCACAACCGUGAGCCGCAGAUGAAUAGUAUGGGUGCGGUGGCGGCCGGUGUCGGUGACUGGGAGUGGGGCGGCUGCAGUGACAACAUCGGAUUCGGGUUUAAGUUUUCGCGCGAGUUCGUCGACACCGGCGAGCGCGGCCGGACGUUGCGCGAAAAGAUGAACCUUCACAACAAUGAGGCAGGGCGAGCGCACGUUCAGGCGGAGAUGCGGCAGGAGUGCAAGUGCCACGGUAUGUCCGGUUCGUGCACGAUGAAGACGUGCUGGAUGCGGUUGAACAGCUUCCGUACGAUCGGUGACAUACUGAAGGAUCGCUUCGAUGGUGCGUCCCGGGUCAUGGUGAGCAACAGUUUGUUGCGCAGUAUCAACGAGCAUACGCUUACGAAUCGGGCUGGCAGCAGUAGCUCGGGCAACGGUGGUGGCAAUGGCAACGGCAACGGUAACGGCAACGGUGGCCCGAAGAACGGGCUCGGUGGCAAUGGUGGUGGUAGCAUCGCGAACAACAACGUGCUGAGCAACUCGAUCCAUGCCCGCGGGCCUGGCCACGCGCACCAGAAGCGUAUCAAUCGAUAUAACUUCCAGCUGAAACCGUACAACCCGGAACACAAACCGCCGGGCGCGAAGGAUCUGGUGUACCUGGAACCGUCGCCCGGUUUCUGCGAGCGCAAUCCGCGGCUCGGCAUCCAGGGGACGCACGGGCGCCAGUGCAACGACACGUCGAUCGGUGUGGACGGGUGCGAUCUGAUGUGCUGCGGUCGGGGCUACCGGACGCAGGAGGUGACGGUGGUCGAGCGUUGCGCCUGCACCUUCCACUGGUGCUGCGAGGUCAAGUGUAAGCUCUGCCGGACGAAAAAAACCAUCCACACCUGCCUGUAGGAACCCUGUUCGUCGUCUCGAUGUCCUGCAAGUCUCUCUCUCUCUCACUCGUCAGCCAGCGAGCCAGCGAGCCAGUCAGCUACAGCCCGUUCGACAACAUGGACGACCAUCCCGUUCGGUGAAUCAUAAUCUCUUUCUCACUUCAAACAAACAUCUCCUCUACUACCUCGCUCCGACCCGGUCCGAUCGAUUGCGGAACGGACGGGACGGGACGAGACGGAGACCGUGGCUUCCAUUCUCUUAUCUUAAAUAUUCGACUUUUGUUUUAAAAACUUAUAAUGGAUGACAGUUUUGCGUCGCGUCGCGUCGCGCUCUGUUCCAUUCGUUCAGCACCAGGGGCCAGAGGCUACCUUUUGGGGUUUUUUUUUCUUUUUUAAAUUUCUGUUAAUCCGGAGCCUCAUGGCCAUCACCAGUAUCGAAAGCGAACGUUUUGAGAGUCAUCAGUCGAGGAUCAGUCGAGGAGCGAGCGAGCGAGACGAGACGGGACGAGAAG